GUGUUGCCGAGCCUCCCUCACGCGCUAGCGGGAGCAUCUCUGAUUACAGCCGCACGACCAGAGCUUUCCCCCCCGCCGGGGUCCGACCAGCAGCCGCCCGGUGAAGAGAGCUGAUAACCCCCAGAAGAGACGCAGCCAGCCGGCCUCCGGUGGACGCGCGUGGACAGCGAGCAGCAUGGCACGGUGUCACGCACUACUGUUGUGGUUUCUCCUCUGCUGCCUUGCGCAGACAAACGCAUUGGCAACAUGUGGACCCGACCAGUUCCAGUGUGGCAACGGGAAGUGCCUCACGGUCAGAUGGGCGUGCGACGGCACCGACGACUGCGGCGACGGCACCGAUGAACUUCCCGCUACCUGCAUGGCCAAAACCUGUCGGCCGACAGAGUUCAGCUGCGCGGAUCGCCUGAACCAGUGCGUACCGAGCACCUGGCACUGCGAUGGAAAAGCCGACUGUGAGAACGGCGCUGACGAGAAGAGCUGUGUGCAGAGGCAGUGCACCGACGUGGAGUUCAGCUGCGGGAGCGGCCAGUGCGUGUCGUCCGCCUUCUUGUGCGACGACGAGGCGGACUGCGACGACGGCACCGACGAGGCGUCCUGCGCGCCCGCCUCCUGCAGCGGCGCCUCCUUCCAGUGCGACAACGGCGUCUGCGUGCCCCGCCUCUGGGCCUGCGACGGCGACCUCGACUGCUCCGACGGCUCCGACGAGUGGCCCCAGAGCUGCGGCACGAAGGCGCCCGACUCCGCCUCCUCCGCCCAUCGGUGCUCGUCCCUGGAGUUCCUCUGCGGCAGCGGGGAGUGCAUCCACGGCAGCUGGAAGUGCGACGGGGGCGCCGACUGCCUCGACCGGUCGGACGAAGCCGCCUGCGCUCGCUCCACCUGCCGCCCCGAUGAGUUUGAAUGCGGCGAUGGCACUUGCAUCCACGGCAGCCGCCAGUGCAACCACCGGUACGACUGCCGAGACAUGAGCGACGAAACGGGCUGCGUCAACGCGACCCACUGCGAGGCUCCGAGGAGGUUCAAGUGCCGCAGCGGGGAGUGCAUCAGCAUGGAGAAGGUGUGCAACGGUCAGCGUGAUUGCAGGGAUUGGUCCGAUGAGCCUCUUCGGGAUUGUGGCUCCAACGAGUGCCUGUACAACAACGGCGGCUGCUCUCAUAUCUGCAAUGACCUGAAGAUCGGCUCCGAGUGCCUGUGUCCCUCUGGGUACCUUCUGCUGGAGGGAAAGCGCUGUGAAGAUAUCGACGAGUGCGCCGACCCGGACACCUGCAGUCAGAUCUGCGUCAACCAGAUCGGCAGUUACAAAUGCCAGUGCCAGGAGGGUUACCAAGUCGACCCGGCAACCAAAGCCUGCAAGGCCAUCGGUACGAUAGCCUACCUUUUCUUCACCAACCGCCACGAAGUCAGAAAGAUGACGUUGGACAGAAGUGAGUACACCAGCGUGAUCCCCCGGCUGAAGAACGUCGUGGCCCUCGACGUGAACAUCGCCGCCAACGAGAUCUACUGGUCGGACAUCUCCCAGAAGAAGAUCUACAGAGCGCCGGCCGACUCGGCCGAAGACCCCGCGCACCACCGCGUGGUGAUCGGCAGCGACCUGGCGGCCCCCGAGGGCAUCGCUUUCGACUGGAUCCACGGAAACCUGUACUGGACGGACAGCAUUCGCAGGACGAUCUCCGUGGCGGCUGCCGACGGCGGCCACCGCAAGACGCUCUUCCGCCGAGACUUAAUCAAACCUCGCGCCAUUGUGCUCGACCCCGACAGCAACUUCAUGUACUGGACCGACUGGGGGAGUCCCGCUAAGAUUGAGAAGGCGGGGCUUAACGGAGGAGACCGCACCCCUCUGGUCACUGACAACAUCGAGUGGCCGAAUGGAAUUACCCUCGACCUGUUGAACCAGCGGCUCUACUGGGUAGACUCUAAGCUGCACACGCUCUCCAGUAUCGACUCGCAGGGCGGUGGUCGACGCACCCUCAUCAUCGACGAGCACAAGCUGGCUCACCCGCUGAGCCUCACGGUGUUUGAGGAGAGAGUGUUCUGGACCGACGUCGGUAACAACGCCAUCUUCAGUGCAAACCGGCUGACGGGCGAUGACAUCACACCGGUGGCAGAGCACCUGUCAUCCCCCGAUGACAUCAUUCUCUUCCAUAAUCUCAAACAGCCCGCUGGGAGGGAUUGGUGCCGGCUAUCCGGGUGUGAAUUCUUGUGCCUGGCAGCCCCUCAAGUGGGCACACAUCCCCCGAAGUACACCUGUGUGUGUCCAGAUGGCAUGAUGCUGGCCAGGGACAUGAGGACAUGUGUACCUGCUGUUCCAACACCUGCAGCUCCCGUGCAGCCGCAAGAGCCAGAUACUGCCCCCCCUCCUCAGCCACCAAGGCCACCCAGCACCACACCUCAGACCCCGAUCCGGACCACCACUAAGCCCCAGGUCCGCACCACCACGGUGCCCAUCGUGAUCACCAGCACUGCGGCGCGGCCGGUGCCACGCAGCACCAUGCCUCCUGCGAGGACCACCACACCUAAACCACGGACCCCGUCACCCAAGCCGGCGAAACCUGAAAUACCCAAGACCACAACAGGGGCUCCGGUCACCUCUCCAGAUUUACGACAUGUUUUUGCCUCCGCUGGACCCGCCGCCGCCUCCCCCACCCUGACCGCCCUGUCCAUUGCGAUUCCUCUGGCGAUGGUGUGCCUGGUGGCUGUUGGCGGCGCUCUGCUGUGGAGGAACUACAGGCUGAAGAACACCAGCACCAUUCACUUCGACAACCCCGUCUACCAGAAAACCACCGAGGACCAAGUGCACAUUUUUCGGAGCAACAGCCCGGACGGUUACUCCUACCCAAAGAGGCAAGUUGUGAGCUUGGAUGAAGAGGCAGAGAAUCCAGCCUUCACAGAAAACUGAAGGAAAGAUGAGCCUCGAUGAGAAGCUACAUGGGAUGUCAAAGAAGUGGAAGCAGGAUCAGAACCUCUGUUUCCUCACAGGCAGAAAAGCGCUCUGCGGUGGAAAGGAAACCGGGUGAAACAUUAUUUUUCAGGUUGAACAUGUUUUUCCUAUUAUUAUGGUUGACAAUCCAUCCCUCACUGAAUCAGCAAUGAUGGAUUCCUCAAUCUAAAUAUGCUUCCCCGUUAUCCCAAGUGUGACUCUGAUGAUACAACUGAUGUGUCACUGCCAUAUAAUGUCUUGUCUUUCAUGCAUCAAAAGAAAAAAGAGGCCGAGCUAAAGAAAACUGUUUUUUUGUUUCCUCUCAUGGAACAUGGUCAAAGCUUUUUUGCUGUUUUGUCCACUCUAAUGCCUGCAUGGUCGAUAUAGAGAUACCACAGGCAGAUGGUUAGCUCAGAUGAGCUCAGCUUGGGGAAACGGCUCGCCAUGUGAGGAUGUGUGGUUUUAUAAACAUUUUUACGAGGUGUUUUGUUUUGUACAGAAUAAAUAAACGAGAUAUAAAGUGUUUUAUUUAGAAGCUCUAGAGAUGCUGCUGGUUGGCCGAUUGUAGCCAGGCUCUUGUGGCUUCCAGUUAUUAUGCUAACGCUAACUAGCUGUUUCCCUCUUUUUCCAGUUAUUAUGCUAACGCUAACUAGCUGUCAGGCUAGCUGUUUCCCUCUUUUUCCAGUUAUUAUGCUAACGCUAACUAUCUGUUAGGCUAGCUGUUGCCGUCUUUUUCCAGUUAUUAUGCGAACGCUAACUAGCUGUCAGGCUAGCUGUUUCCCUCUUUUUCCAGUUAUUAUGCUAACGCUAACUAGCUGUCAGGCUAGCUGUUUCCCUCUUUUUCCAGUUAUUAUGCUAACGCUAACUAGCUGUUAGGCUAGCUGUUUCCGUCUUUUUCCAGUUAUUAUGCUAACGCUAACUAGCUGUCAGGCUAGCUGUUUCCCUCUUUUUCCAGUUAUUAUGCUAAUGCUAACUAUCUGUUAGGCUAGCUGUUGCCGUCUUUUUCCAGUUAUUAUGCGAAUGCUAACUAGCUGUCAGGCUAGCUGUUUCCCUCUUUUUCUAGUGCGAAGCUAAACCAAACUCAACUCAUCUAAGAGUUUGGAAUCAAUGGCCUGCGAGAAGGCAAAUAUAUUUACUCAAAUUAAAAAGUGGGGCAUACAGAAAGGGGAAUAUCGGCUACUAAUAAUGGCAAAUCUGUCGGUGUGACCUCGAUGUGUCUCAAUAAGUCUGACUUGAACACCAUGCUGUCUUUGCCUCUGUAGAGGAGCAAAGACAUCACCCAACGUGACCUCAAUACAAUGCUUCUGUUGUUAAGCGGGAAGAAUGCACAGUGUGUCAGUGACGUGGUUUACACUCUGUGGCGGCCUUCAGAUUUCACAUACCGCCAUGUGGCCACACAACAAUAUUCCUCAGUGGCGGAGUUUCUUCGAUAGCUUGUUAUGAUCAUAUCUGAGCACCGGAGGGCUAUCUUUAAAUGUGAGGGGUGGGGGGGGGGGGGCAGUGCAUUCCUCGAAGACCGAAAAGCUUUGAUGCACACGUGAACAGCGGGGUCAUGUCUAACGCUCUUUGCCUGGCACACUCACAUCCUCCCUCAGGACCACCACUUGAACUCGCCUCCAGCAUUCCUGAUGAAAGAAAGUCAUGGUUUUUAUAAAACGCAGUUCUCGCCAGCUUUUUUUAACCCUUUUAAUGCAUCGCUGACAAAUGUGUGCCUCUUUUUUUUUUUAGGAAAUGAUGUUUGCAUGUUGAUGUUGGUUCUAUUGAACUCAGUGGAUAUGUAUCCGCUCACCAUCUGUUUACAGUGCAUUAAUGGAGGGGGUGUAGGUGUGGUUUAUGACCGUUGACAGGUGAAGCUCUAUAUAAUGUCAUUUUUACAGUAACAGACUCACAGUGCAGAUUAAGUGUGUAAAUAUAGUGUUCAUACAUGUACAUAUUUGUUCUUAACUGUUUUUUUGGUAAUGUUUUAAACUCUGUUGUAAACUUUAAACAUUUUCUGUACAUAAAUAAAUGCUUCUAUUUAUUUUAGAAACA